AUGCAGAGAUUCAAGUCUUUUACGAAGAGGAUAAACCGACGCUCUCCGACUGAUGCGGUCGAAAAUUGCCAGAUUUCACCCGAUUCGUCAAUGCAACCAGGAACCGCCACGGUAGUGGCGCAAGAUAAAUCAUCUGAAUCAACAUUCCCAGAUGGGGUUGAGAUUUUAUAUGACUGUCCCCAGGCGGAACUUGAUAUCUGCUUUCUUCACGGGUUGACUGGAGACCGACGGAAGACAUGGACGCCAAAUGGGCAGGAGGAGCCUUGGACGAAAACAUUGCUGCCGGCCUUUAUCAGCAAAGCCCGAAUUUUAACAUACGGGUAUGACGCAUAUGCAUUGCGAAAAUCUGUCGCUUCAAAUAACCGAGUAAUCGACCAUGCUACAAACCUUUUGCAUGACCUGACGACUGAUAGGGCGUCUUGCAACGCCACAUCAAGACCUAUAAUAUUCGUGGCUCAUAGCCUCGGCGGCCUGGUGUGCAAAAAGGCACUUCUUUUAUCUCGAAAUAAUCCUGAAUCCCACCUCCAGGACAUAUUCAAUUCGACAAAAGGUGUCAUUUUCAUGGGCACGCCCCAUGAUGGGUCUUGGAUGGCUAGUUGGAUGGAUAUACCCGCCACGGCUUUGGGAUUUGUCAAGUCUAGCAACAAAUCAUUGCUUGAUGUCCUGGAAACCAAGAAUCAACUUCUUGAAUCUCUCCGGAUUGAAUUUCUGGACAUGGUACGGGAGUUGCGAGAAGGCGGUCGAGGUUUUGAAGUGACUUGUUUUUUCGAAGAGCUUCCUUUGCCUGCAUUUGGAAAGGUGGUACCCAAAGAGUCGGCAGUUCUGUAUGGAUAUAACUCAAUCAGUAUUCAUGCAAAUCACAGUGAAAUGGUGAAAUUUGAAUCUUCUCAAGCAACUGGGUUCAAAAGAUUGCUGGGGGAGCUUCAGAGAUGGAGUUCACAACUGAGUACUACGAGUCUGUCUCCAACCUCGAAGUCUUCGUCUUUGCCAGAAGAAGAUAUAUCCAAAACCAUGUUUAAAAAUUCUGGAGAGGGAACAACAAACGUCAACUCAGGCCCUGGUACUCAGAAUAAUAACAGUGGCUCUGGGUAUCAGUUUAACGGCACGAUCAACGACCUCUCGCUGUCCUAG